GCCGGGAAGCUCCGUGCCCGGCAGAGUCGAGCUGGUACUUUAAUCAGACUUUCUCUGCCCCUCUGCUCGCCUGCAGCCCUUAGCAUGGCCGGGGAGCCGCGGAGGGACCCGCUUUCCUUCCGUGCCUUCCGGGCCGCCUGCCCCGCCGGGUAUGAGUAUGGGUAUGGGUACGGCAGCGGCCUGCCCGACCUCCGGGAGCGCGAGUUUCCCCGGCUCCGAGGAAUUACCUACCUUGACCAUGCUGGUUCAGCACUUUUCCCAGAGAGUUUACUUAAAGCUUUUACUGAUGACCUCAGAAAUAAUGUUUAUGGCAACCCUCAUAGUCAGAAUAUCAGCAGCAAGCUGACGUAUGACACAAUCGAGCAUGUCCGAUACAGAAUAUUACAACACUUUCACACUACUCCUGAAGAUUACACCAUCAUUUUCACAUCUGGAUGCACAACUGCACUUAAACUGGUAGCAGAAGCAUUCCCUUGGAUACCUGAAGGCACAAAGCAGCCCAGCAGUCGAUUUUGUUACUUAACUGACAGCCAUACAUCUGUGGUUGGUAUUAGGGGGAUAACUACCUCAAUGAAUGUCUUGUCUGUUCCAAUAAAACCAAAGGAAAUCUUGUUAUCAGAAAAGAACAGGUUAUCAGCUGAAGAACAAAACUGCACGACGCCUCAUCUUUUCUCUUAUCCAGCUCAGAGCAAUUUUUCUGGUACCAAAUAUCCCCUUUCAUGGAUACAGGAUAUAAAAACUGGAAAACUUUGCCCCAUCAAAAUACCAGGGAAGUGGUUUGUUCUGCUAGAUGCAGCUUCAUACGUGAGCAGUUCUCCAUUAGACUUGGGAGUUCACCAAGCUGACUUUAUCCCCAUCUCAUUCUAUAAAAUCUUUGGAUUCCCAACCGGUUUAGGAGCACUAUUGGUAAACAACCGGAUUGCCCCCCUCUUGCGGAAAACUUACUUUGGAGGUGGAACUGCAGCUGCCUAUCUUGCAGGAGAGGAUUUUUAUUUUCCCAGGAAAUCUAUAGCUGAAAGGUUUGAAGACGGCACAGUCUCUUUUCUUGAUAUCAUUGCUCUGAAACAUGGAUUUGAUGUACUGGAAAAACUCACAGGUGGAAUGGAGAAAAUAAAACAGCAUACCUUUGCAUUGGCUCACUACACCUAUAAUGUGCUGUCUACCUUAAAAUAUGCCAACGGGGCUCCUGUCGUACGUAUUUACAGUGAUACAGAUUUCAGCAAUCCUGAUGUCCAGGGUCCAAUCAUUAAUUUUAACAUCCUUGAUGAAAAUGGGGAAGUGAUCGGCUUUUCACAGGUGGACAAGAUGGCCAGUCUUUACAACAUACAUGUCCGCACAGGUUGCUUCUGUAACACAGGAGCCUGCCAAAUGCAUUUGGGUAUAAGCAAUGAAGACAUACAAAGGAACCUGCAGGCUGGCCAUGUCUGUGGAGAUGAUAUAGACCUAGUCGAUGGACGUCCCACUGGUUCUGUGAGAAUAUCCUUUGGCUACAUGUCUUCUUUUGAAGAUGCACAGACUUUUUUGAGAUUCAUCACAGCCACCAGACUUUCCAAAUCAGAUGCUGAGAUUCCCUUCCAGUCCUCUGUUACAACACUGAUGACAGAGUCUGUCCCAGAUGACUGCCCUUCCUUUAACAGUGCAGAUAAAUUGUCUCCAAUAUCACACAUCUCGGACACAGAGCUCAGGAAUAACUCAUCUGUGACAAUGACAACUGGCAGCCGGCAGCCACCAGAGGCAGAAAGCAUAAGGGCAGCUGUUUCUGAGAUUGCAAUACCAACAUGUAGAAGAGAUGGCAAGCCCAUCACUGUCACCAACAUUUAUCUCUACCCAAUUAAAUCCUGCUCUGCAUUUGAGGUUACAGAAUGGCCAGUAGGAAACCAGGGUUUGCUCUAUGACCGAAACUGGAUGGUUGUAAACCAGAAUGGAGUCUGCAUAACUCAGAAGCAGGAGCCAAGGUUGUGUCUUAUAAAUCCCACAAUUGAUCUGAAGAAAAAAAUAAUGGUCAUUCAAGCAGAAGGCAUGGACCCAAUAUCUGUAUCACUAGAAGAUAAAACUGGAAAAGAGACUGUGAUCUCUGAGAGCAAAGUCUGUUCACACAGGGUAAAAACAUAUGACUGUGGAGAAAGAAUUGCUGACUGGUUCUCUACAAUUCUUGCUCGUCCAUGUCGCUUGAUACGACAAAGUUCAGACAUGUCACAUCAGAAAAAUACAAAAGGUCUGGCAUCUGCUACCAACAUUUCACUCUCUCUUGUGAAUGAAGCACAAUACCUCCUGAUAAAUGUAGCGAGCAUUCUGCAGCUGAAAGAACAUAUUUCUGCAAGAUUAGAAGAGCCAUUGGAAACGGAGGAAUUAAUCCGGCGUUUCCGUGCCAACAUUGUCAUCAGUGCACCAGACUCCUUUGAAGAAGAAGAGUGGGCUGAGAUUUCAAUAGGUGCUCUGCGAUUCCAGGUUGUGGGUCCAUGUAGCAGAUGUCAAAUAAUCUGCAUCGAUCAACAGUCUGGGGAACGAAACAAAGAAUUUAUGCAGUCUCUGUCUGUGGCCAGAGGUAGAAAGACAAACUUUGGCAUAUACCUGAUGAACCAGCCCUUUCAUUCAUCCCUUCCAGAUAUGUUAUCUGUUGGAUCUCAAGUACUUCCAGUGCUGAAAGAGAAUAUGGAAAUUCAGCCCCCAACAUCCAGUGAAGAAAAAUGCUCAGGAUAGAUUCUCUGCUGGAGAUGAGACCUCCAUGCAAGUCCAGGGAAAAGUCAGUAGUCAGUUCGUAAAAAAAACAAAAAGCUUCUACUUGCUUGGUUCUGAUUUAAGUCUUUUAAUUUUCUGUUUGCUGUAAAUGUUAUCAGAUGGCAGAAACCUCGAUAAUUACAGCUCACCUACAUGUUUAUGCCUGUGAUUAGGUUACAGCAGCCAUAAGUCUAUUUUGCUCAAUUGCUUCAGGAUGCAACAAGUUUGAUCAAGUUUUACUGGUGGAUGACUCCCAAAGCAAGCACAGCAUCAUUGUCAGAAACCCACAUCUCAAUGAAGGAAAGUAAACACAGCAAUGCACUACUUCCUUAAGUUGCUUAGUUAAAACCACAGUUAGGAGAGAGGAUGCGGGACAUAUUUUAGAAACAAUGUGGGUGGGAUGGGAACAGUGGGAGAGCGGCAUGAAAGUAACCACUUACCAAUUGAGUCCAUUCAGCUUCAGAAACUGAAGCUGAUGUGUAGACAAGGCUGAAAGCACCAGAGAAGAGGGAAAUAUAAUUGGGAAAUCCAUGUCUACCUCUUCAGAAGUGGUGUGUGAGGAUGCCAGAAAGGCACAAAGAUCAAGGAAGAUGUGGUAUGCCAUUUGCAGAACACUGGUUUCACUCUGUGAAACUAUUUCAUGUGUUCAUUCUCAACUUUUCUCUCAUUCCCAUUUGCUACUUUCCAUCUGAUUUAUUUCAUGUGAUGAGUUCGCCCACUGUUUCCUUACAUAUUUGUGGAUGUUGACACAUUUUUUCUAAUUAGAGCUCUUUCAACUAAAGCAGUCAUGUUUCCUACCUAAAAUUUGUUUAUCCUCAGUGGUGUCUAAUGGGCCAUUUAAUGGAGCUCUUGAAAGUUUGGAUAGAUAGAAGGAAAGUUCCUUCUCUAUCCUGAACAGCUCAAAGUACUCUUUUUUCUUAUUCUCUGUGCACUUGAUAAUGUCCUUCUUAGGAGGUUUUUAAUGUGACUCAUGCUUUUUGAUUUCUGAGAACAGAUACCUGAAAGUAGGAAUUUGUCUGAAAUAUUAAUUAAUUUGAGAAAUAACAAAUAAAUAAAGCAAGGCACACAGUAAAAAAAAAACACAUGGAAAGUCAGUGUAAUGCAAGACUGAACACAUUGAGGCCAGGUGUUUUAUGACCCGCCGCAUGUGUCCAGCCAGCCACAGGGAGAUUUCAUGCUUUCAGGAAGUCCUUCUGGAAAAGGAAAUUCUCCUAGAUUAGCUGCUCUAUUGCCAUUUGGAAAGUGAAAUUUUGACCUCAUUAAAAGCACUGUCAGAACUCUCAUCCAGUGUGAUUUAGGUCUUCCUUGGGGCAAUUUUGGCUCAAACUGUGUGAAAGUGUUUCUGGCUGAAGCAAUCCCUGAGUUGUUUGAGUAUAUCCCUGGAGGGGAGCAGGCAGCUUUGUGAAAGAAUUGGUCAAAGAGUUACUCUGAAAGGGAAGCAACUACCACAGAGUGGGGUACAAUGGGAAAAGGGGAGCGCAUAGCCCAGUGUGUGAGUCAGAAUUCAAAGAUAGGGUUUUUUUCUUUCUCCUUUUUUUUUCCGGUUUCUUCUUGCUUUCUUUCUUUCUUUCUUUUGAAGAACUGGUUUUACUCACUUCAGAUGGAACAGGCUCUUAUUAGUCUCUCAGCAGAGCUUUGUAAUGGAAAUGAGAAGAGACAUUAUCUGUUUCUUACAACCUGCCCCAAUACAUGGAAAGAAAGAGGUGUUUCAUAUGUAUGUAAACUGAGGAUCAGUUUUGAGAGUUGUACCUUCCACUUCAGAGCCCAAGCACUGCUCCUUGAUGUCUGCCUUGAAAAGCAGAAGUUUUAUCUGUCUAAUAGUCACUUAUCUAACGUUGUAAUCAGUAGGUUUUUUGGAACCUUCAAAACCAGUUUCCUGGUAUCUAAAUCUCUCAACUGUUUUACUCUGCCUUUCUGUUAUGCAGAGCAUUGUUUUACUGGAUAGAAAACCAACACAGCUCUGGCAAAUUCAAUACAGAGAGACCUGCUGUAUGCUGACCUUCAGGUGAUCUCUGGUGCUUUGCUCUGUCCUCUUCACCUCACCAGUAUGUCAUUUGUUUAAAAUGGCACAGAAGUUAGAAAAGGAAAUUGCAAGCAGAGCUCAACAAGCUCUCUUUCACUUGUUAUUGGGUUUACUACAAAAUAAGUCACUUUGGUACACAGUGGCUUGACAAAUAUUGUUUGUGAAUAGCUUUAAUGCAAUGUAUGAUAACGAAGGAUGAGAGGAUUUGAACUUUAAAAAUGUCAUGCUUGGUCAUUUUGACCUAUUAUUUACAGGCAAUUACACUUUCCCUCUGCUAUGGGUUAGUAAUAUUAGAUCAAGAAUAAUUCUGUCAUUUUACAGGGGGGAAAAAAAGGUUUUCUUGAUGUAUGAGCAUGUUCAUUAGUAUAUUCUGUGCAUUUCCCAGAAGGCUCAUCCUUGUGCUACAGUGAUAGGAAAUGUCACAACACUUCAGAUUGAUGGAAUAGACAUAAGGAAUCUUUCACCUCAACAAAGGAUAUUUCCCUUCUAGUAAGUGGAGUGUUCCUGCCACUACUGAUAUGUCUUCCCAUCAGUAACAACAGAUUCUUCUCAGUGCCAAUACUCUAUGGAGAAUCUUGAAGUAGGAAGUCACUUUUAAAUGACAUGCAUUGUAAAUGUGUAGAAAGAACAUCUCUCUCAUAACAUGAGAAAGACUGAAAAAAAGACAAAACUUAGCAUAAUGCAAACCAGAGUAUUGCAGGAACGAAAACAGCAUAAACACUUCAAAACACUGUAUAUAUUACAGUUCAGGAUUAUAAUGUUCUAUAAGGGGUGACUUCUCAAUCUUCAGAGUAUAUAGAAAAAGGACCAUUGCAUAUGAGUACGGGGUCCUUCAUCUAAGUUCUCCCAUUACUGCAAAAUUAAUUCUUUCAACUAAUUGCAGAUACAUACUUACCUUAUAUUCAUAAGAAAUGUACUUAAUACAGUAUUUCCAGAGUGCUGUAAGUAGAAAGUCCUCUAUAUAUUUGAGAACUAAGUCUAUAUUUCCUUACAAUUAAUUAUUCAGACACAUUCCAUUUUCCAUGAGAGUUAACUCCUUCUCAAAUCUCAAGGCAAGAAUGGUUAUUAUAAUAAUAGCCAGCUCUAAUAAUAGCCAGGAGGCUGAAAUCACAAACCAGAAACCAGCAUUUUUAGGAGAAGCUUCUGAACUGUGUUCUCUGAUAUGACUAAGAUCGUUCAGAUACAGUUUAUGAUUUAUAUGCUUUCAAUGACAUCCAUCAAAAUAUAGUCAAAAUUUUAGGUCAUCCUUCUGUCAAAAUUAUACUCUAAUAAAAAAGGAGAGCUGUAUAAAAUGCAUAAUUAUUGUUCAGAAAGUGUAGAGAUUAUGCUGUGCAUUUGUUCUUCAAUCUGGUUUUUAACUUUCUUGUAAAGGAAACCAAUAAAAUAUAUAUCGUGCUUGACA